GGCGCCCAGAUGGGAGCGCGCUGCAGUCGCAGAGGUAACGACUCACUGUCGAAUCUGUCACGGACCAGAGCGGGAUCGGUGUCAGUGCCGCUGGACCGCGCCUCACCAACGUCAGCUGCGGAGCGCUCCGCCGCCGCCGCAGUCAAACGCACCCGCAACGAACCGAUGAUGCCGACCAAGGAGAAGAAGCGCGACGAUAACAAGAAGCGGCUGAAGGGCCUGCAGAUCUUCCGACGCUCCAAGAGCAAGCCGGCGCUGUCGCCGACGCCGCUGCCGGUGGCUCGCUCGUCGUCGGUGUCGGCAUCCACCGACGACUCGUCGCCGCCGCCGGCUGAUGGCGCGCGUGACUCGAUCAGCGACGGCUCGUCGCUGACGGCCGACCCGGAGCCGUCGCCGGCGCCGACGGAGCUCGGGGCGUUGAGCCCGCUGGCGGAGUGGACGCCGCUGCCGCUGGCCUCGGUGGGCCCGAGCUCCGUCACCGUGACGACCAUAUCGAGCCCGGCCGACGGCGAGGCCGGCGCCGUCGACGGCCGCGUGACGGAACAGGUGCGCCAGGUGGGCGAGCUCGAGGUGCAGAUCCGUCAGACGACGACCGACGUGGACCGCGUCACCGUCCAGGGCAACCGGGACAACGUCGACCCCAACAUCAUCCGAGCCAUGAUCAUGGACAAGAUGCGGGGCAUGGGCAGUCUGAAGGGACAGAUGCCUGACAUGCAGGGGGAGCCGGUGGUGACGCUGCCGGAGACUCCGCAGAACGGCCUGAGCGGCGGCCACAAGAGCGGACCGCUGGCCAAGGUCACGGCAUUCCCCACCUCGCCGGACUCCAUGAGCAACGCCAAGGUCACGUCCAACAACACGUCCACCCGGUUCGCGUCGCAGCGGUCGCAGGUGCUGUCGACGCGCGCCACGACCAGCUCCAGCUCCAGCACCAGCUCCGAGUUGAAGACGUCCGUGCAGGCGGACGCCAGCGACCGACUGGCGGCCUCGAGCUGCGCGCAGAGCGAGCUCCAGAACUUCAACCGCAAGGUGUCGCAGACGCAGAUCGGCGCCAGCAACGGCCUGGCGUCGGACGUGACGUGCGUCACGUCCACCACGCGGGCCGUGAGCAGCCAGAGCAGCCAGUCCGCCUCGCUCACGUCCACGGCCGGCGUGCGCGGGGUGCAAGCAGGCGCCGCCAGGGCGGCGCUGCAGUCACAGACGUCGGCCGCCUCACUCGCGUCGGCCGCCAACGUGCGCCAGCUGGCCAAGAGCUUCGACUCGCUCAAGAACCUGUCCAUGGACAAGCUAAAGGACUCGCUGUCCAUGGAGAAGCUGGACGACCGUGAUUUGCUCAACAUCGAGCUGGGUGGAGACGAUGGUGCCAGCCGGGACCCCAAUGUGCAGGUGUUCGAGCAGAAGCAGUCCUACUCGACCUCCAAUAAGAAGCUGGUGACCAACGAUUUCAGCACGGAGGAGGCCACCGCCAACAGUGAGGAAAUGACGCGCCUGCAGGAGGGCGACAACUCCUACCACGAGAACAAGGCGAGCUCGGACAUGCGCGCCCGCCUGGAGAUGAACGGCGUCACUGCUGAGAAAGGCCUCUCCACCAGACAGGUAAGACCGGCUGGAGAUGAGCUCAGUGCUAUUGCUGAGAAGGGCCUCUCCACCAGACAGGAGGCGCGCCAGCUGAAGGCAGGUGACGUCACGCAUCAGGAGUCUCGGUCGGCAGCGGUGGCCGGCGCCAAGCUCUCUACAGACGGCUUCAGCACGCAGAAGGUGGCCAUGGAGCAGAACCAGCAGCGGCAAACCACGGCGGCUGGCGUGGUCAACCAGGAGCAGCGCUCCAAGAAGUCUACCCACUCUAAGGUCACCAUCAACAAGCAGCAGGGCGUGACCACGCCGACCAGUCCGGCCGUGGCGUUCGCCGUCGAAGAGCUGGACCGGCUGGAGCGGAGCACCAGCCCGCUGGACGUGGGCCAGGCGGUCAUCAAGUGCUCCCACCACAUGGCGCAGAUGCUGCGCGGCCUGGACCAGCAGGAGCCCUCGCAGCAGCUCUCCAUGUUCGACCAGAUGGACACUAUGAUGCGCCGCGCCUGGUCCGUGCCUACAUACGGCCACGAACUCGGCAACUCGCUCUGUGACGUCAUGAGGGACAACGGCGGCCUGGACGUGCUCAUGCGCACGUGCAACACGGGCAGCAAGGAGGUGGACCUGAAGAGUGCGCGCGUGCUCGAGCAGUGUCUGACGACGGAGAACCGGCAGUAUGUGGUGGAGCGCGGUCUGGACAAUGUGGUGCGCUCGGCGUGCCGCACGUGCGCGGAGAAGGCCGACGAGCGCGAGUCGCGCGUCGGCUCGGGUAUCCUGGAGCACCUCUUCAAGCAUAGCGAGGGGACGUGCAGUGACGUGGUGCGCAUGGGCGGGCUGGACGCCGUCAUCACACAGUGUAAGAACAAGGAUCUGGAGACGCUGCGACACUGCGCGUCGGCGCUGGCCAACCUCUCGCUGUACGGGGGCCCCGAGAACCAGCAGGCGAUGAUGAAGCGCAAGGUACCCAGCUGGCUCUUCCCGCUCGCCUUCCACAACGACGACAACAUCAAGUACUACGCGUGCCUGGCCAUCACGUCGAUGGUGGCCAACAAGGAGAUUGAGGCGGCCGUGCUCAAGUCGGGCACGCUGGAGCUGGUCGAGCCGUUCGUGACCUCGCACGACCCGGACCAGUUCUCUAAGUCGACUGUGGCGCACGUGCACGGCCAGUCGCGCAGCUGGCUGAAGCGGCUCGUGCCCGUGCUGCUCUCUGACCGCGAGGAGGCGCGCAAGCUGGCCGCCUUCCACUUCUGCAUGGAGGCCGGCAUCAAGAUCCGCCAGGGCUGCCCGGAGAUCUUCGAGGAAAUCGGCGCCAUCGAGCCUCUGAAGCAGGUGGCGAGCUCGCCGAACGCGGUGGCGUCCAAGUACGCGGCGCAGGCGCUCCGCCUGCUCGGCGAGGAGGUGCCGCACAAGCUGAGCCAGCAGGUGCCGCUCUGGAGCGUCGAGGACGUCAAGGAGUGGGUGAAACAGAUUAACUUCUCCCAAUUUGCCGACGACUUCGUGCGAUCGCGGAUGGACGGCGACCUCCUCUUGCGCAUGACAGAGGACAUGCUGAAGGACGACAUUGCCAUGGCCAACGGCAUCCUCAGGAACCGCUUCAUGCGCGAGCUCAGCAACCUAAAGAAGAUGGCUGACUACUCCAGCUGUGACUCCACGGGCCUCAACACCUUCCUGCAGAGCAUCAGUCCAGAGUUCAGCGUCUACACGUACCCCAUGCUGACCUGCGGAGUGGACAAGGACUGUCUCAGGUACUUGACGGAUGAGCAGCUGCAGUUCGAGUGUGACAUAUCUAACUCCAUUCACCGCCUGCGGAUACACGAAGCCAUAAAGAACGAGUCGGCGCCGCCCGAAGUGUCCGAGGAUAUGGACAAGACGCUCGACUGUUUCAUCUCGUACCGGCGCUCAAACGGCUCUCAGCUGGCGUCGCUGCUCAAGGUGCACCUGGAGCUGCGCGGCUUCUCCGUCUUCAUCGACGUCGAGCGGCUGGAGGCGGGCAAGUUCGACAACAACCUGCUCAACUCGAUCCGGCAGGCCAAGAACUUCAUCCUGGUGCUGACGCCGUCGGCGCUCGACCGCUGCAUCCAGGACUACGACCAGAAGGACUGGGUGCACAAGGAGGUGUACGCGGCACUUCAGUCCAAGUGCAACAUCAUUCCAAUCAUCGACAACUUUCAAUGGCCGGAGGCAGACGAGCUGCCGGAGGACAUCAAGUCUGUGUGCACCUUCAACGGCGUCCGGUGGAUCCACGACUACCAGGAGGCGUGCGUGGACAAGCUGGAGCGCUUCAUGCGGGGCGAGCUGAACCGUUCGGACGGCCGGUACGGAGGACACACCACCGGGCCCGGCACGCCGUCCACCCGGCCUCCGCCGCACCCCUUCCUGCGCACGCAGAGUUCUGAGUCGGCGCGAGACGCCUAACAGCGGCCAUAUGAGGACACAUCAGGUAAAUGAACAGUCGAGCCGGCCACUUUUGUCUUGAUUCAGUCGACCAGUUUGGUUUGUAUCUUGUACAAACCUUGUUUUCGUGCGACGAAUGGUACACAUUUGUCCAACAGCCUCGCGCAUGGUUUACUUAUUUACAAGAUCAACGUCUGCUGCCGGCACCCUGCAUGCGUCUGUAUGACCGUCGGCAUGUUAAAUGCAUGAAGACAAGCACGUCUGCGUUUGGGAUGAUGUUCGGGACAUCAUUGCAACCGGCAUGUUUCGUUCUUUUCCCAUCCUCACUUAUCUCGUCGCCUUGUCAGUUUCUGUGUCCGUGUUUCAUGCUGCUCUCGGGUGUGUUUGUAUCUAUUUUUACCUGUACAGUCCGUAACUGUUCGCCUUUCGGCGGCGUGGCCGGUGUGUAUACUAGCUGCUGGCAUGUCCGCACACGUCCAUACCGCUUAGCUCGGCGUUGGCGGCCACCCGCGCCAGCGUCUGUCCGCUUCUCCACGCCAUGUGGAGCGUAUGGCCGCUCGGCGGAGCCCGCGGCUCACAGUGCGGCGUCACCUG